AUGGCUUUAAAGCAUCUUAAUUUUUCGCAGGUAUUGCACAUGUUCUUACACCGUUUCCUGGUUGGGAGAGACGGAACUGUGUAUGAAGGUCGAGGAUGGAGCACCAAGUCAUCAAAGUCUCUCAAGUUUAACCCUGCAUUAUACGGACGAAGACUAGAUAUUGCCUUCAUCGGGGACUAUGACACUGUAUACAACCCACCGCUAGACAUGUUGGAAGGCUCACAGAACAUACAGAGACUGGGUAUUGAAGAGAAUUACCUCCUGGACGGACACGAGAUUGUACGUAUUUAUACCUGGAGAAACCGCGUCAGAGAGGGCCGCAUUGGGGAGUUCCCUACAGCAGAAGAAUGGCUCUACCAGAAGUACCAUCCCCCAGACGAGUUCCAACUGCCACCUAUCCUGCAGGUGAAGAAGUCGUGGAAAGGAACUUGAAAUUAAGAUUUUUACUAUAGUAGAUGGCGUGUGUUGCUACAACUUUCUAGGUAAAACUGUAUCUAAAUCAGUGUUUGGGAUUUCCCAUGGUUAUUCCAGUAAGUUAGGUAAUUUAUUUUGGUUCAUUGUACUUCAAAACAAACUUUGUAAAAUAUUGAACUUCAA